UGUUUUAUAUAUGUCUGUGGUGUUUUACGAUACUUGAUGAUACCGUGAUACUGAUAAUACUCCAUUUCCAAUGGUUUUUAGAUUUGCUGUGAUUGUUCCCGACCGUAUAUAAUACAAUAAGCAAACAAUACGAUUUAUGGUACGGUUCAUGACGUAUGCAAUUAUUAAAAUUUAACCGUCGAUCGGUUGGGCACUUGAUACAAUUCUGUAGCGCUCGUUUAAUACACGCUUGAUGCCGAAACAAAUCAUAUCUCGUUCGAAUGCAAACAGUCCUUUUGGUGCACGAUUAUUUGCUGCCCGCCCGUAUUUAAGCAGUAUUCUCCUAUAACAGACAACAUCACUAUUCGUAAUACGUGUAUAGAAAUAUGGAAGAUGGUAGCAAUGAGUUAACCGGUGUUAGAAAAGUGGCGUUGAUCACUGGAAUCACUGGCCAGGACGGGUCAUAUUUAGCUGAACUGUUGCUAGAUAAAGGAUAUGAUGUUCAUGGCAUUAUUAGACGCUCAAGUACGUUUAACACUGGUCGUAUCAAACAUCUUUAUUUAGAUCCCAAGUCUCAUAUGGAAGGCAAAAUGAAACUACAUUACGGUGAUAUGACGGACAGCAGUUGCUUAGUGAAAAUUAUAGGUUCUGUAAGGCCUACUGAAGUGUAUAAUUUGGCAGCUCAAAGCCAUGUGAAGAUUUCAUUUGAUCUAAGUGAGUAUACAGCUGAAGUUGAUGGAGUUGGAACACUUAGGUUACUAGAUGCUAUUAGGAUUUGUCAGUUAGAAGACCAUGUACGAUUUUAUCAAGCUUCUACGUCUGAAUUGUAUGGAAAAGUUGUGGAAAUACCUCAAAAAGAAACUACUCCUUUUUAUCCUAGAUCUCCAUAUGCAUGUGCCAAAUUAUAUGCUUAUUGGAUUGUAACAAAUUAUAGAGAAGCUUACAAUAUGUAUGCCUGCAAUGGAAUUCUGUUCAACCAUGAAAGUCCAAGAAGAGGUGAAAACUUUGUAACUAGAAAAAUUACCAGAUCAGUCGCUAAAAUAGCAAUGGGUUCAUUAGAUUGUAUACAAUUAGGAAAUUUAGACUCUAAACGAGAUUGGGGCCAUGCCAAAGAUUAUGUUGAAGCAAUGUGGCUAAUGUUACAACAGGAUAUGCCUCAAGAUUUUGUGAUUGCUACUGGAGAAAUGCACAGUAUUAGAGAAUUUGUUGAAAAAGCAUUUCAACAUAUUGGCAAAACAAUUAUAUGGGAAGGAACAGGGUUAAAUGAAGUUGGAAAAGAAGAAUCUACCAAUAUUGUACGCGUCAAAGUGAAUGCUAAGUAUUUUCGUCCAACUGAAGUAGAACUUUUGUUGGGUGAUGCUACCAAAGCAAAAACCAUACUAGGAUGGUCACCCAAGGUGAACUUCGAGCAACUUGUACACGACAUGAUGGAAGCUGAUUUAGAACUGAUGAAAAAAUAUCCAUCAGCCUAAACCCAAUUCAUUUAAAUUGUAUUCAUAAAAAAAAAUCCCGCUUAGUUUAAUGGUAUUUUUUAUGAUUGUGUGACAGUUAUGAUACUUUUUUAAACAUUUAUACAGUGCAUUAUUUUUUCUUAUUGUAUUUGAAUUCUGUUUAUUUAAAACAUUUUUGAUUGUAUUAAGUAAUUCAGAAAAUCAUGGAAGUGAUUUGUGUUAUAAUUGUAAUCGAUGUACAAUUGUUAGUACAUAACUUGCACCUUUUGGUCAUUUAUUUUUCCUACUGAUAUAAUUCAAUUUAAUAUCAUGCACAGUGCAUUAUUUAUAUUUAUUUUAAAAUACUGAUAAA